AUGGGAAACGCAGGUUGCUGUUCCAGCAAGGAUGGUCACCCUGCCUACGAGGCCUUGUCCACAGCGACGUCAAGCAUCACUGGACGCAAGAAAGCCUUGCUGGUAGGCCUCAACUACCGCAACUCGCGCGCAGAGCUGCACGGAUGCAUCAAUGAUGUGAACAACAUGCAGCAAAUCCUGGUGAAGCAGUACGGCUUUCAGCUUGAGGACAUCAUGAUGCUGAACGAGGAUCAAGACAAAAGCAAAUGGCCUACCAAGAAGGUGAUCCUGGAGGGGAUGCAGUGGUUGUACAAGGAUGCAAAGAGCGGAGAUCUACUGUUCUUUCACUACAGCGGCCAUGGCUCCACGUACUCGGUGGACAAGAAGGCAAUGCCUGCUGACUGCAUUUGCCCCUUGGACUGCCUUGACAAGCCGUGGCCGGAAGCAGUCAUGCUCGACACUGAGAUUCACGACAAUCUCUACGAUCCCUUGCCAAAAGGUUGCAAGGCCGUUUGCAUCUUCGAUUGCUGCCACUCUGCUACCGUCGCAAACCUCUGUGAGACGAUGGUCGUCAAGGAGGGGCCCCUGACUGCGGCCAAGAAGGAGAAGUUGGUGAAGCAGCUGACGAAACAGAAAGACGAUGUGGCUGCCAAGGUCCGCUUCUACCGCGAGAUUAACUCCGGCAAGCUGGACAUCAAGAAGAAGAGCCGGGAUGAAAUGAUCCAACUUCUGGAGAAGCAUGAGUUCCCGAAGAAGGGCUCAUACUACGAGGACGAGCAGGCGAACUACAACUAUCUCAUGGGCAUGUCCAUCUCCACGCUCUUCAAUGAGUCUGUGAAGAAUGCCGAAGACCUGCUGGAUGCAAAGACCAAGGCUCUGGCACACGUGCAAAGCCUAAAGCCUGGCGAGGGCGCCAAGAUCUACAUCGGCAACCUUGAACAGGAUGAGCAGUCUGCAUACACCAAGAGCCAUUCCAGCAAGGAAAUCCGGUUGCGGUACCUCCCCCAACCAGAAAUGGAUCAGGAUGAAGAUGCCCCGCCAGCCAAGCCACUUGGCACAGGCUUGCGUGGUGCCCUCAGGAAGGCCAAGUACUCAGAUCAUGAGCUCUGGAUCUUCUCGGGCUGCCAGGACGAUCAAACAAGUGCUGACGCACAUGUGGACGGCAUCUACCAGGGAGCCUUUACCUGGGCUCUUAUCAAGGCUUUGAAGACCGAUGCAUUCAUGGAGAGCUACAGCAAUCUGCUCAUCCAAAUCAAGGAGAACUUGGAGAGCGGCAGCUACAAGCAGGUCCCAGCCCUGUCCACGACACACAAGAUGUACCUGGACUUCGGCUUCUGUGGAAAGCUCAAAGAGAAUGGACCGAGCAUUGAGUGA